CUAGGGCAAGCGAUGAUUCAGCGAGAGGUGUUUCUUCUACAAGGGAAAAGGACGUCUCGGCUUAGUCGGACCCAAACGUUUGACGACGAAACCCUAAGCCUUCGAAUCAACAUGGGUCGCGCUAAACUGAAGCUCGAACUCAUGUCCAAUUCAAGAUCUCGCAGAAUCACGUUCGAGAAAAGAAAGAAGGGACUGAUGAAGAAGGCCGAGGAAUUCAAAAUCCUCUGCGGCGUCGACACGUCUGUGAUCAUCUACCCAAUAGGAAUGCCCGGCGAGGGCCUGGUCGAGCCGGAGAUCUGGCCGCCAGACACUAAGGAGGUGGAGCGCAUCUUCCGCCGCUAUCGAAGUGAGGCCGCGGAUCGCCGUGCCAAGCACGCCAGCGGGCUGCGCGAGUUCUUCGCAAGCCGGAAGAAGAAGAUUGAUGCUGAGGUCGCCGAGAUCCGCAAGGCCAACUGGGAGGCCAAGUAUCCAGUCUCGGACGAGUUCCUCAAAGGUCUGCCAGAGCCUCAAUUGACCUCGCACCUGAGCGCCGUGGGCAACAGACUCAAGCAGGCAAAGACGAGGCUUGCCACAAUGAGGGAGGAGAAGAGAAGGGUCGAGAUGGCGGCGACAAGUGACUGGAUUGUAGCCAGCGGCAGAGUGGACCUCCAUGCAAGUAAUGCAGGCUUCAUGCAAGAUGAUGGGGUGGUCGAAGCCAGAAUGCCUUUUGAGUUCGUGUAUCAACAGUGGGAGCAAUCCAUGAUUGUCCGUUACCAGUUACCAUUGAGUUCCUUACCGCCUGACUAUUCAGCCCUGUCAAUGAAGCUCAGAGCGUGACGUGCGACCCCCCUG